CGCUCAUUCUUAAUUCUUGUGACGAGAGAAGGGAAGAUAUUUCAAAACAAGACGGGAACGAACACAGAGGACUUGAUCCUAUUAUUAUUUCUGGUCGCUCGGCUUAAAUCGGUGAAACUUGUGAUCGAUGGAGAUUUAAACACUGAGCUGCUGACUGCCCUUGAAAACAAGACAGAGAACACAGAGAGCCUGAGUUUGAUGGAAGGCAGGUAGAAGCUUGAGGUUGACCAGCAGAAUGAAUUCGAUUCCGUCCAUGGACAGACACAUACAGCAGACCAAUGACAGACUGCUCUGCAUCAAACAGCACUUACAAAAUCCUGCUAAUUUCCAGACAGCGGCCACAGAGUUGCUGGACUGGUGUGGCGACCCGCGAGCCUUCCAGCGACCUUUUGAGCAAAGCCUGAUGGGAUGUCUAACGGUGGUUAGCAGAGUGGCUGCACAGCAAGGGUUUGAUUUGGAGCUGGGUUAUCGGCUCCUGGCUGUAUGUGCGGCUAACAGAGACAAAUUCACCCCCAAGUCAGCCGCUCUCCUAUCGUCUUGGUGUGAGGAGCUAGGCCGUCUUCUCCUGUUACGUCAUCAGAAGAACCGACAGGGUGAAGCACCUGGCAAAGUCCCCAUGCAGCCACCAAUCAAUUCUAUGAAACCUUCACUCUCCCAUGGUGAUGGUUCUUUCCCUUAUGACUCGGUACCAUGGCAACAAAACACUAACCAAACACCUGGGUCGUUAUCUGUGGUCACGACAGUCUGGGGUGUGACCAACACAUCUCAGAGUCAGGUGCUGGGUAACCCCAUGGCCAACGCCAACAACCAUAUGAACCCCAGUGGUAACCCCAUGGCUCCAGGCAUGUCUGCAGGAAACCCGGGUAUGAACUCAGGCCAGUUUCCCGGCCAGCAGCAGCAGUUCGCAUCCAAAGGGAAUACCAACCAGCCCUAUAUGCAGCAAGGCGUGUAUGGACGGCCCAGCUACCCCGGGGGAGGGGGCUACGGGAACAGUUACCCCGGGGGUCCAAACACGCCCGGCGGCAUGGGUAUCCCUCCCCAAUCCCGCCCCCCUUCCGAUUUCAGCCAACCAGCCGCUGCCGCCGCCGCCGCAGCUGUUGCUGCGGCUGCUGCCACGGCAACUGCCACCGCCACGGCAACAGUGGCUGCCCUGCAGGAGACCCAGAACAAGGAUAUGAACCAGUAUGGACCGAUGUGUUCCUCUUUCCAGAUGGGACCAAACCAGCCGUAUGGAGGCCAGUUCAUGAACCAAGGCCCAAGGGGUCCACCUGCCCUCCCGGGAAACAUGAACCCAGGCAACAUGGGCGGGGGCAUGAACGCGCCCAACAUGACUGGCCCCAUGGGUAUGAACCAGCCCCGGGCCCAGGGGAUGGGUCCGUUUGGGCCCCACGGACAGCGGAUGCCCCAGCAGGGUUACCCUGGCCCCAGGCCUCAGUCCAUGCCCAUGCAGGGCAUGAAAAGGUCCUAUCCAGGGGAGCCUACCUAUGGAGGCCAGCAGUAUGGACCAAACGGCCAGUUCCCCAACCAGCAGGGGGGACAGUACCCCAACCCCAAUGCCUCAAGACCCCUUCCCUCUCCCAACUACCCUGGUCCAAGAAUGCCAACCCAGCAGAACCCUGGCCAGUACCCGCCCAUGGGCCAGUACUACAAGCAGGAGCCUUUCAAUGGGCAAAGUAAUAACUUCUCUGGCGGUGGCUUCCAGUAUAACCAAGGCAAUAUGAAUGGGCCCCCCCGGCCGGUUGGUAACUACCCCCACUCUCCUGUGCCUGGCAACCCCACACCACCUAUGACCCCAGGAAGUAGUAUUCCACCAUAUCUGUCCCCAAACCAGGAUGUCAAACCGCCCUUUCCACCAGACAUCAAGCCAAACAUGACUGCUCUUCCUCCACCUCCAGGUAACCCUAAUGAGGAGCUGCGGCUGACCUUCCCUGUGAGGGACGGGGUGGUCCUGGAACCCUUCCGGCUGGAGCAUAACCUGGCCGUCAGCAACCACGUCUUCCACUUACGGCCCUCCGUCCACCAGACCCUCAUGUGGAGGUCUGAUCUGGAGCUCCAGUUUAAAUGCUAUCACCAUGAAGACAGGCAGAUGAGCACUAAUUGGCCAGCCUCAGUGCAGGUCAGCGUCAAUGCCACGCCCCUCACCAUUGAGAGAGGAGACAAUAAGACAUCCCACAAGCCCCUUCACCUGAAACACGUCUGUCAGCCGGGGAGGAACACCAUUCAAAUUACUGUCACGGCCUGCUGCUGCUCACAUCUGUUUGUGCUACAGCUGGUGCACAGGCCGUCUGUGCGCUCUGUUCUUCAGGGCCUGCUGAAGAAGAGGCUGCUGCCAGCAGAGCACUGCAUCACCAAAGUGAAGAGGAAUUUCAGCAGUGUGGCAGCGUCCUCUGGGAAUGCCACUCUGAACAGUGAGGAUGGAGUGGAGCAGACAGCCAUUAAAGUUUCUCUCAAAUGUCCCAUCACCUUCCGCCGGAUCCAGCUCCCAGCGCGGGGUCACGACUGUAAACAUGUCCAGUGCUUUGAUUUGGAAUCAUAUUUACAACUGAACUGUGAACGAGGAACGUGGCGAUGUCCAGUAUGCAAUAAAACAGCGUUAUUAGAGGGAUUGGAAGUUGACCAGUACAUGUGGGGUAUUUUGAAUGCCAUUCAAAACUCAGAGUUUGAGGAGGUGACCAUUGAUCCGACGUGUAGUUGGAGACCUGUACCAAUCAAAUCAGAGCUCCAUAUUAAGGAGGACCCAGACGGGCCACUGGCAAAGAGAUUUAAAACCAUGAGUCCCAGUCAAAUGAUCAUGCCCAACGUGAUGGAGAUGAUCGCCCAGUUAGGGCCUGGACCCUCCCCCUACCCAAACCUCCCCUCCCAGCAAGGCGCCAGCAACAAUGAAUACAGCAACCAAGGCAACAACUACCAGGGUCAUGGAAACUUUGAUUUUCCCCAUGCUAACUCGGGCGGAGCCUCCAUGAAUGACUUUAUGCAUGGCCCCCAGUUGUCCCACCCGCCGGGCAUGCCUAAUAACCUCCUGACCCCCGACAAACCCCUCUCUCACAACAUGCCUGACACAGUACCUCAUCAUGUCAACACUGACCAGUCCCAUAACCCCUUGCAGCACAGCUUACAUGGGCCUCCUAACCCAGGCAACCAAUCAGGACAGCCAUUGCAUCAUGGCAGCCAAUCACAGCAGCCUGCUAGACCAACCCCACCCCAGCAACAGCAGCCUCCACAGCUGCAACAGCAACAAGCCACUCCCAACAGCCACCUGCACACAGAUCUACCCUUCAACCCCUCCACCAGCUUAGACGGCCAGGCCGGGGGACAAGGAGCAUCGGACAUGCCCGAGCCUUCCCUGGAUCUUAUUCCAGAGUUAGCAAACCCCGAUGACCUGUUGUCCUACCUGGAUCCCCCGGAUCUGCCCAGCAAUAGCAACGACGACCUUCUCUCCCUCUUUGAGAACAACUGAGGAGGAGGUGGGGGAGAGGUGCUGGAGGAGGAGCACUGGACCCAUGGAGGUCUGACCCUCACAACCUGAGACUUUUUUUUUCAGUACUUGACAAACACAAAGAUGCACUCCCUCUCUCUUCUUCCUCUUGUACAGAUUUAAAAAAAAACCAGCGCUGGCUUUGACUGAACCUUCUGGGCAACACACACACAUACACACACACACACACACACACACUCUGCCUUCACCCUGGUGGUCGUGUAGUGAUUCAAAAAUGAAAAAAAGAAAAGUGUGCAGCUAUAUUCGGUUUUGUUUUACAAGUCGCACAAAAACACAUGUGGACAUUAGGAAAUGUGUAGUAGCAUUUUUCUACUCUGUUUUGUUUCAUUUUGAUAAGAAAUAACAACAAACAAACAAAAAAAAAAAAAAGGGAAAAAGAAAAAAAAACCUGUCCAAUCUGGCCGGCGUCUGUAAUCCCAUUCUGUGUUGAUGUUCCAAUCUCUGACGGCCCAAACCACAGGCACUUCUCCAGAAAGACCAAUAGCACUGUUUUUUUAUCAGCAUCUGAGCAGUAUUGAAAAGCACAAGAGAUUACGGUAAUACAAUCAGAAUCACCUUAAAGGGAACACCUCUCACAACACAGUCACUAACACAGAUGGAAACGUACUUUUUAACCAGUUACUUGUCAAAAAAAACAAAAACAAAAACGGUUUGUGUGCGUUCAAAGAAGUUUCACAGAUUUCCGUCCAAUCUAAAAAUGCAUGGAUGUUGAUAAGGGAUUUUUUUUCAUAGUCUUUUCAUAUUAUCGUGUUUUUAAUUUAGGCUGGGGAAACGAACGAUGUCAGGCCAAACCUCACUGGUUUUUAGCAGGGAAAAAGAAUCACCUUGGUAAAGUGAAUGAAUGAAAAGAGGGGAAAUGUGAUGGAAAUUUGUGACCAUGUUUGAUAUAAACUUAAUGUAUUCAACACUAAAUU